AUAAAUUCACAUAUAUUUCUUCUUAAAAGUUUCCCUGAAACUCCUUACUCACACACCUUUUUUCCCUUAUGUUUGUCCUUGUUUACAUCAUUACCUGCGUUUAAUAGCCCCAAAUAAAAGCCAAUUCCCUUUUGGCUUGGUCCUGGAAAAGUUGUCUCAAAUAUUUGAGGACAAGCCAUUACAUGGUAAAUGAGGCAAUAUUAAUGUGAAACUUUCAAAUGUUUCCUUUCCGUUCGGCUUGGAACUGAAGGAUAAUAACUUAAUUGAGCCAUUGCACGCAUGGGAGAGUACAUUUAAAAGUUGAGAAACUGUCAUUCGUCUCCCUCUCUCGACUCUAAUCCUGGUUACAUGCUGAUAUAUAUAAGCUGAAGUUGAGACCCUAUUUCACAGGCAUUACUCCGCAGUCUCUGGUUCAUUAUGGUUCGUUACGUGCCCCGUUUUGCUGAUGGUCAGAAGGUGAAGUUGGCCUGGCCCUUGGCCCUCUUCCGAUUGAAUCAUAUUUUCUGGCCCCUGGAUCCCAGUACGGGCAAGUGGGCACGAUAUCUAGACAGAGUACUGGCCGUCCUGGGUUGUGUCAUCUUUGUCCAGCACAACGAUGCGGAGUUGCGGUAUCUACGCGUGGAGGCUGGAAAUAGAAAUAUGGAUGAGUUUCUUACCGGAAUGCCCACCUAUUUGAUCUUGGUGGAGGCCCAGUUCCGGAGUCUUCAUAUUCUGUUCAACUUUGAGCCGCUGCAGAAGUUCCUGCAUCGUUUUUAUACCACUAUUUACAUAGAUCCUCGCAAGGAGCCGGAAAUGUUUCGUCGAGUUGAUGGUCAAAUGCUCAUCAAUCGUUUGGUUUCCGCCAUGUAUACAGCUGUUAUCUCUGGAUAUCUCAUUGUUCCUGUCUUUUCGAUCAUCAACAAGAGGAAGGACUUUCUUUACUCCAUGAUAUUUCCUUUUGAUACGGAACCUUUGCACAUCUUUGUGCCUCUGCUGCUGAGCAAUGUCUGGAUAGGCAUCAUCAUCGAUUCCAUGAUGUUUGGAGAGACCAGUUUGCUUUGCGAACUGAUUGUCCAUUUAAAUGGUAAAUAUUUGCUGUUGAAAAGGGACUUGGAAUUGGCAAUACAAAGGAUUUUGGCUAAACGAGAGCGUCCUCUGAUGGCCAAGCAGCUAAAGGAUUUGAUUAUACAAACUUUGCGUAAGAAUGUGGCUCUGAAUCAGUUUGGCGAGCAGCUGGAGGUCCAGUAUACCGUGAGAGUUUUCAUUAUGUUUGCCUUUGCAGCGGCUUUGUUGUGUGCUCUGUCUUUCAAGGCCUAUACGAAUCCCAUGGCCAACUACAUAUAUGCCAUAUGGUUUUGUGCCAAAACUGUGGAGCUGCUAUCUCUGGGACAAAUAGGAUCAAACUUGGCCUAUACGACAGAUUCCCUUAGCUCUAUGUACUAUCUAACCCAUUGGGAGCAGGUCCUGGAGCACUCCACAGAUCCGCAGGAGAAUCUGCGCCUGCUGAAGCUCAUUAACCUGGCUAUUGAGAUGCACAGCAAACCAUUCUAUGUAACUGGUCUGAAAUACUUUCGCGUCAGCCUGCAGGCGGGCUUGAAGAUUUUGCAGGCAUCCUUCUCGUACUUCACAUUUCUCACCUCAAUGCAGCGUCGACAAAUGAGCAAUUAA